AUGUAAGUAGAGGAACUACUACCAGAUCAUAUAAAUGAUGAAAUAUAUCGUACACUAGAACAUUUAUAUUUAAGAUUAAAUGAAAUUGUUCGUAAAGCUGAAGAUGUCCUAGAUUUAUCUUAAUCAGUUAGUUUUUAAGCAACUCUAAAAAGACUCAAUACCGCUUCUAAAGGAGAAAACUACUAAAAGAUUCCUAAAAAUUAUUUCCCUCCUCCUUCAGAUUAAGAAUCAUUUGAAAGAAAGUUCAAAUUACUCAGAAGAUGUGGACAUAUAUUAUCAGAUACUAUGUUAAAAGUAAGAACCUCUUUAGUAGAAUUGCAUGAUGCAACUCGUAAACAAAAGUAAGAUAUAGUUAAAAUGAAAAAAGAUGAAUAUACAAUUAAACAUGAAAAACCAUUUUCAAUCAAUUAACAAUAGAAAAAUGGAACAUAAUAAUUAAAAGCUCCUUAAACAAUUUUAUUAGAUGAAGAUGAUGAUAUAAUAAUUUUACCAAAGAUUGAAUAUGUAAUAGAACAACCUUAGAUGUUGAGUAUCUCAAUUGCAUCAGAUCCUGUUUAUUAUAUCUCUUGUACUUGUCUACUUCAAAAUACACUUCAAUAAUAAAUUCCAGAAGAACUUAAAGUAUGCAUUGCUAUUGAAUCUUUACAAUAUUAUGAUAAAUUCUAUUUGAAUUCUAAUAUCAUACAAGAAUGCAAGACUGCAAAUAGAAUAUUACUCUAAUUAAAUGGAGAUUCAAAUUGUAUUACUAAAAAUUGUAUCUUUUAUGAGAAAGUGUAUUUGAAUAUGAUCAAAUAACCUAUCAUUCAAUUAAACUUUGCUAAAAUUCAAAGAGGUGAGUAAUACUAUUUCCCUCUCUUCUCUGAUAUUACAGAUUUAUUCAAUGAAUAAACAUUAUUUUUAUAUGGGAUCUAUUAAUUUAGUAGAUUAAUAGGGAGAGCUACCUGUUAAAAGGUUGGAAAUAUUAAGUAUCUAAUUAAUCUAUUACAUAUUCAAUCUACUUCAGGUUUAGUGAUUAAUGCAUUCAGUCCAUCUCUUGAUAAAAGUUAAUUUUUAAUUGAUUUCUUAACAGCCAUGAUUCAUCUAAAUGGUAAGGAAAUUGUAAUUGGACUUAAUAAACUUACAUUUCCAGAAUGUUAAAGGAAUCCUAGAAUUGUUUUAGUUCGAUAUACACAUAAAUUAAGUUAAUAAGAUAAAGAAUUAUUACAAUAGAAUUUAAAUGAUGGGGUUGAUGGAGGAUGUAGAAUUAAUGAUUCAAGUUGUAAAUUAAAGAGAAUUAUAAUUAUCUUUAGUAAAGAAAAGAUAUUCAUUCCAGAAAUAAGUAGAAACUUAAAACAUUGGGAAAUUCCAAUAGAUUUUUUAAGAUAAUAAUGCGAAACUUAUCAUUAUUAAUAUCUAAUACAUUAUAUUGAUUAAAUAGUCAAAUGUAAAAUCUAAGAUAGAUUACCAAAGUUCUUUACUGUUCUCAUUACUCUUAUCAAUUAGAAGACUAAUAAUAAUAAUGUUAAGGAGUUUGAUUAAUAAAUUAUAAGAGACUUUGAUUACUUUAUUAAGAAUAGAAAUUAUGUUAAUUAUUUUAGUUUAAAGACUUAUCAUAAAAUAACUUAAAUUGAAAAUUACUUAUAGGAAUCAUUGAAAUCAUAAAAAUUAUUUUCUUAUUGUAAGGAUAUCAUAAGAUUAUUAGGUGUUGAAGAAGAAUGA